CGGAGGCAGGUGGCGAUAUUCAGGCCCGAUCCGACUCGCGGGGCCGCCUCGUCGUCUCAAGUGCCGAGACCUCAUUCCAGGCGGCGGACAAGCCGAAAGCGUGUCAGAGAUACGUUCGUUCGGAAGGUCGAAAGUGGUCGUCGUUGUGCGUGAUCCGCGAGACGCGAGGAAACGCGGGUUCAUCUCGACGCGUGCGUUCCAUCGAUGCGGACGAUCGAUAUCGCGAAGUACGAAGAUCGUUGAAAACAGGUGGAAUAUCGGAACGGCGGUACCCUCUGUUCCUCUCCUUCUCAAUCUUUUCCUGGCCGCGACCCGCGAAACGGAGCGUGGCGCUCGCUGGUGAUUUCGAUGCGCGGUGCGGAGAUAAUCGGUGGAUCGAGGGGCACCGCGAGGAUAUCGCGCGCGCGGUCGUCGUUACGCGGUGCUGGGGGCUCGUCGUCGUCUGCGAUCUUUUACCUGGCCGCGGAAUAGAGGUGACCAGGGCCAGAUUCCGUAGGACCAGACGAGUCGAGAAGGAAGGAGCGAGAGAGAAAAGGAGAGAGAGAGAGAGAGAGAGAGAUGCCUGGCAGUCACGGAACCAGUCAUCAAGACCGCUCGCGGACGAAGCGAAGAUUAUGAGGACGUACGUAUCGGCGCAAGAUAUAUUCGCAUUUUCGAAUGGAACAACGUUUGCUCCACUUUUACCCGGAGCGAUUUUCGAUAGUCGACCGCGCAGCGGAAUUCAGGUCGCACGCAUCGAGAGCGAAACACUGCGACGUGCGAGAUCGUAGCGAGUGGUGAUCAGGACGACGGAGCCGUACAAAGUACACGGAGUGUGCGUCAACAGAGUGGUCCUUCGACAAACAGCUUACCAUGUAUCGGCCGAACUUUUACGAAAGCACGUGUUUGAGAUGCGCUCAGACCGUCUAUCAGGUGGACAGAGUGGGUCCCCUCAAGGACUUCACGUUCUUCCACGCGGGUUGCUUCAAGUGCGCGAUCUGCGGCACCAAGCUCACCCUGAAGACGUACUACAACAACCAGCACACAAUCAAUGACAAGGAGGUAUACUGUAGCAGUCACGUGCCCAAACCAGGACCCGGCACCCUGGACGGAUCCAGUGUGGGUAUCAGGAGCGCCCUUAACGUACCUAGAAGCGGUUACGUCAACGAGCAGAUCAGGGCAGGAGGUGCUUCGCCGCGCGGCGUCUACCCACCUUGUUACGAUAAUGUAGACUCGCCUAAUUAUGCCAGGCACCUGAACGGGCACGGCUCGCCGCCGGCCACGAAUUCGUCGUCCCAGCGCGAUGGCAUCCACGGCGGUAUCGGCGGCACCGGCGGCGCAUCCUCGCCGUACAAUCACAAUUAUUCCGGGGAUGGCAGCUAUCAGUACGGCAGGUUCGACGCGAGCGCCCUUCACAUCGCCCAUGCGCUCAAGCAGACCGAGCUACAAAAGGGCUACAGCAAGGCCCGCGAGAAACCCAUCGAUUAUUAUCUGGAUCGCGAUGAGCAGACACGUCUCGAGAUGAAGCACCGGAAAGAAGAGGAUGAUUUAUAUCGAAAGUUUGCCCACCAUCGCGAGGAGGAAGACAGACGAAUUCGCGAGGAAUUCCGAGACGAGUGGGAGAAGGAGCUGGAACAAUUGUCGGCGAGAUGGGAACGGGAAAAAGGCGGAAGAGUUCGAACCCAACAAUUUCAGCAGGAGAAGGAAGACUUGGAGAAGAACAUGACUCUACGCAGGGACAAGAAGAAGGAAAGUCUCACGCGCAAGAUGUUGGAGCACGAACGAGCGGCGACCGCCGCGCUGGUGGAGAAACAGAGCUCGGAGAUGCUGGAGCUGAUCAAUGAGGCGAGAAGCGAGUACAUGCUCCAGGAGAGUUUAUAUCUUGACGAAGGAGACGGUUAUAUCCAGGAAGCGCCACCCCCGCCUUAUCCGUCGCGCGCGCCACCCCCGCAGCCACCGGCCCUGGCCAAGUACCACAUUUACAAUGAUCCUCUAGAGUUCGCUGACAUGGAUCAGAUAGCUAUUUCGGUAGCGCAAGAAGAUCAAAAAACGUUCACCGAUCUCGUGCGACAGUUGGUGAGCAGAUGCGGAUCGGACAUAGAAAAGGCGAGGACAAUAUUCCGGUGGAUCACCGUGAAGAAUCUCAACACUAUGCAGUUCGACGAGAACUUACGAGGCGACACUCCCAUGGGUCUGUUGAGGGGUAUCAAGCACGGCACGGAAAGCUAUCACGUUCUAUUCAAACGAUUGUGCAGUUAUGCGGGCCUGCACUGCGUGGUCAUCAAGGGUUACAGCAAGUCGGCGGGCUAUCAACCGGGCGUUUGCUUCGAGGACAAUCGAUUCCGUAACAGCUGGAACGCCGUGUACGUAGCAGGUGCGUGGCGAUUUGUCCAGUGUAAUUGGGGGGCGCGACAUCUCGUCAAUGCCAAAGAGGUCCCCCGUCCCGGCCAAGCGAAAGCCAAGAACGACAGUCUCAGAUACGAGUACGACGAUCAUUACUUCCUGACGGAUCCCCGUGAAUUCAUAUACGAGUUCUUUCCGUUGCAAGAGGACUGGCAGUUGCUCAAACAACCGAUUUCGCUCAAGGACUUUGAGGAACUGCCUUUCGUACGGUCUCUAUUCUUCAGGUACGGCCUCUAUUUUCCGGAUACAAAUACGAAUGCCGUUAUGUACACGGAUUCCACCGGCGCCGCGACCGUGAGGAUAGCGAUGCCGGCGCAUAUGCAAUCAUCCCUUAUCUUUCAUUACAAUCUCAAGUUUUAUGACAACGACGGUGAUGGCUACGAUGGCGUGUCGCUCAAGCGUUUUGUCAUGCAGUCGGUGGUGGGAAAUAUAGUUGCGUUUCGAGUUCACGCACCCUGUUCCGGGGCCUUCCUUUUGGAUAUAUUUGCCAACGCGGUAACGCCGAAGGAGUACUUGACAGGAGAGCCGAUGAAGUUUAAGAGCGUCUGCAAAUUCAAAAUUGCGUGCGAGGAACUGCAAACGGUGAUGGUACCGUUACCGGAUUGCGCCAGUGGUGAAUGGGGUCCCACCAAAGCCACUAGAUUAUUUGGGCUUAUACCCAUCACUCAUCAGGAAGCUCUAGUGUUCGCCGGGCGCGAGCUUGAGAUUCAAUUUCGCAUGUCGAGGCCGUUGACGGACUUUAUGGCGACCCUGCACAAGAACGGCAUCGAGGAAAAACGUCUGUCAAAGUACGUGACGCAUUCCAUCGCCGACGACGACGUGGUCACCUUCUCCAUAAGCUUCCCCGAGGAGGGCCAAUACGGUCUGGACGUUUACACCAGGGAAUCCACGGCCUCGCCAGUCGCUCAGCAUGACGUCACCGGCGAGAAGCAUCUCCUCACGCACUGCUGCAAAUAUCUCAUCAACUCCAGCAAGAGGAAUUGAGAGCGGAUAUUCCGCGCUCUUGAAACGUUCAGUCGUCUCGGCUUUAUCCGGAAAUUUCCGCCUGUCGUAGAAUCGUUACAAGGAUCGGGGGAGUUUCAGACGUUCGUUAAGACGAAGCCAGGAGACGUUGAAGUAUUCGCGGACAAGGUGAGAACGGUUAUCGCGCGAUCAGACGAUGUCAAUAAGUUUUACGAUUUCGAGAGUCUCGCUCGUUUCGUCAUAUCGACAGCUCGUCUUGUCCUUGCAAAAUAACUUGUCGACGAUCACGGGAAGUAUAUUCGGUCAUUAACGAUCCACUAUCGACGCUAUGUCACGAACCGAAGAAGGGAAAAGAAAAGCGCGGCAGGACGAAGAGGCAAUGGUGAAAGAGCACAGUGACGUUUUACGCCAAGUCUUUAAAGACUACUUUUAGGUAUCGCGCGCGGAUAAAGACGACACGGCAUGCGAUUCCAAGCUGACACGCUACCUCGAGUCUAACAAUAGGCUUACGACUUGGAGAUAAACGUUUAAUGUAAAAUUAAAUACGCAGCAGUGUCUCCUUGAAGACGCGGAAGCCGUCUUUCUUUCAAAACAGCCCUCGAGUUGAAGAAUAUCCUUCUAUCUAAGCGAUAUGCAGUUUCCUGAACACCCGGUAUUUCUGGAACGCGAAACGAUCGUGCUUGUAUCAUCUACCAAGUCGAUAUUUCCGUAUAUAAUGAUCCUCUCCCUCCUCCCCCCCCCUCCUCCCCUUCUUACGUAACGUGUAAUCAAAUAAAUUAUUACGAUCUGCGAUUUCCUCUCGUAAACAAUUUCCACUAUAAAGCUCUCUCUUUACACCGAUAUAUUUAUCCUACUCUAUAACUAUUAUAGUACAUAUAUAUUUUAUUCUCAGUACUAUUAUUAUCCUUAAUCGCGGAUUCAGAUUAUUUCACGCGUGACGUUUAUAUAGAUCAGAUAAUAUAUAAGCAAAUAUAAUAUAUUUCACGUACGAGAAA